AUGUCUAUACCCUUCCCAGUCAUCCUGAAUACCAUCUUGAAGAUCUUCUUGAUCAAGCGAGAGGGUAUGCUUGCCGUGUGCGUGGUCGACCUCACUGCGGGUUGGGGCAAUGAGCAGUUGAGCGCAGUAGUACUCGCACCCAAGAGAACAGUAGUGGCACUGGGCGAGGAUAGUGAGAUAAAAGGACACAAACACAAGAACAACAACAACAAUGGAUGA